GGCCUAUGUGACCAUUCUCUAAAAUAUUUAAGCUCGAGAAUCUCAGAGAGGAAGCUGCAGGGCUCAUGGCUUCCCGCUGGCCGAGGAAAUCUGGAGAAACCAUUUCUGGGGUCACGCGGCUCCAUCAUGCCUGUGUUCAGCCCUCAGAACGGCCUUCACCCCGUUCAUUCAGAGAACAGCCCGCUGAAGCCCAGGGUUGUGACCGUGGUGAAGCUGGGUGGACACCCCCUCCGGAAGAUCACCCUGCUCCUCAACAGGAGGUCGGUACAGACCUUUGAGCAGUUACUAGCGGAUGUCUCAGAGGCCUUGGGCUUUCCAAGGUGGAAGAACGAUCGUGUGAGGAAGCUGUUUAACCUCAAGGGUAGGGAAAUCAGGAGUGUCUCUGAUUUCUUCAGGGAAGGGGAUGCUUUCAUAGCCAUGGGCAAAGAACCACUGACACUGAAGAACAUUCAGGUGGCUGUCGAAGAACUGUACCCCAACAAAGCCCGAGCACUGACACUGACCCAACACAGCCGGGUCCCUUCUCCGAGGCUGAGAAGCAGGCUUUAUAGCAAAGCUCUGAAAGGGGGUCACCACUGUGGAGACACUGAGAUUGGCAAGAGCUGCAGUGAGGCUGUGGGUGCCAAGGCAGCCACCAGGCAUCAGGGCAAGACGCACAUGGAGCCAGCGCUGGGGGAAAGGACAAGAACCCAGAAAUGGGUGAGGGGCAAAUGGGAACCUGAGCCCAGCAGCAAGCUACCCAGGGAAGCCACUCAGGAGGAGAUGCAUGCAGGUGGAGAGAAGCACCUGGGUGUGGAGAUUGAAAAGACCUCAGGUGAAAUUAUCAGGUGUGAGAAAUGCAAGAGAGAACUGGAGCUCCAGCAGAGGGAGAGGCUGUCCCUGGGGACCAGUGAGCUGGACAUGGGGAAGUGCCAGAGGUAUGAUGUGGAGAAACUGGUGAGGACCAAGAGCUGCAGGAGGUCUGCAGAGGCAAACCCCCCAGGUGGGGAGGAAGGGUGGAAGGGCGACAUUCACAGAACCGGCCCCAGGAACCCCACACAGGAGCUGAGGAAACCCAGCAAGAACAUGGACAAGAAAGAGGACAGAGGCCAGGAAGGCCAGGAAAGUCAUCCACAAGCAGCGGCCAAGUCGAAGAAGGAUCUUGUGGAAGUUCAGCCCGCCAGUGAGGAGGGGCCGAGGGAAGUGAAGAAAGGCAGGAACAAGCAUGGCGGCUGGCUCCUGAGGGAGCAGCAGGCGGAUGCGGAGAAGCUCCCGGUGCCCGGAGGGGAAGAACAGGAGGCAGAGAAGGAGCUAAAGCCAUACGCGUCAGGAGGAAAAAAGAUGGUUCCAAGAGACGACCAGGCUGCAAGGGUAGAAAAGGAUUUCAAGCUGAAGCCUGAAGAGAGCAAGACAGGGCGGCCCAGUGGCCGGAAGCAGCGGCCUGCCGGCAUCAUCUCAGCGGACGUGGAGCAGCAUUAUGAUACAGGCAGGGUUAUCGGGGACGGGAACUUCGCGGUGGUGAAGGAGUGCAGGCACCGGGAGACCGGGCAGGCCUACGCCAUGAAGAUCAUUGACAAGUCCAAACUCAAGGGCAAGGAGGACAUUGUGGACAGCGAGAUCUUAAUUAUUCAGAGCCUCUCUCAUCCCAAUAUUGUGAAAUUGCAUGAAGUCUACGAGACAGAAACGGAAAUCUACCUGAUCAUGGAGUACGUGCAAGGCGGGGACCUUUUUGACGCCAUCAUAGAAAGUGUGAAGUUCCCGGAGCGCGACGCCGCCCUCAUGCUGAUGGAUUUGUGCAAAGCGUUGGUCCACAUACAUGACAAGAGCAUCGUCCACCGGGACCUCAAGCCAGAAAACCUGCUGGUUCAACGAAAUGAGGACAAAUCUACCACCUUGAAACUGGCUGAUUUUGGCCUUGCAAAGCACGUGGUGAGACCUAUAUUUACUGUGUGUGGAACUCCAACUUACGUAGCUCCAGAAAUUCUCUCUGAGAAAGGUUACGGGUUGGAGGUGGAUAUGUGGGCCGCAGGUGUGAUCCUCUAUAUCCUGCUGUGCGGCUUCCCCCCCUUCCGCAGCCCGGAAAGGGACCAGGAUGAGCUCUUCAACAUCAUCCAGUUGGGCCAUUUCGAGUUCCUGGCCCCUUACUGGGACAAUAUCUCUGACGCUGCCAAAGAUCUGGUGAGCCGGUUGUUGGUGGUAGACCCCAAAAAGCGCUACACAGCCCACCAGGUUCUUCAGCACCCCUGGAUUGAAACUGCUGGGAAGACCAACAUGGUGAACAUACAAAAGCAGGUGACCCCCAGCAGUGAGGGCCAUGCCCGGAGCCAGCACAAGUGGGCUUUGGAGCAGGCAUCAUAGUGCCCCCUCGGGCAGCACUCAGCCCCAUCCUGCUCGGCUCUGCAGCAGCCUCCGGUGGUCUAGACAUCUCGGAGAAGACAGUGAACAGACUGCUCACAUAGCCGGAGAAGCAGAAGAGACGUGCAGUAGAUUUUAAAGCAUCCUUAAAAAUAAACUUGAGUCUUUGUGUUAAAUGUUGUAAUAUAUUUUGAGAUUUGUAUAUUUGAAGCCUUUAAUACUUUUUUUUUUUUUGGAGGGGAAGAUUAGUUUUCAAUGAGGAGUUUUCAGUACUUAUGAUGCUUUGCUUCCUCCUUGCUAUCAAGUUCAUAGUAUUUUACAUGGGUGGUGCUUAGCAGGGUUUAAACUCCCCCUGUGAGAUUGAAAGGUGAAUCGUGGUCUUUCUGUAUUAAUAAAAUGU